AUGCCAAUGCCAAAGUCACUCAAGAGAUUCUUCGCCGUCCUCGAGCCCGGCUCCAACGCCUCCAAGUACCAACCCGAAUCCUCCUCCUCCCAACAACAACAACAUCAACAGCAACAGAACGUCUUCUCGCAGGACAAGAAAUCCUCCACGGGUGAAAUCAUCCCUCCAUCGACGACAACAACAACAACGAGCCAACCUCCUGCCAAGCAACCAGACGCCUCGUACCUCGCCUACCAACCGGCCAAGCUGUCGAACACCCAGGUGUUUUGGCAAACCAUGAAUAACUCUAAUGGAAUGUCAUAA